GCUGGAUGCUCGCUGCCGCCGCUGCUCCCUCUCGUUCUUUGUGUUACGGACUGAUGUGCAACUAAUUAGCGGCGGGCAGGCUGCGCAUCCGAGCCCCCCCAAUAAGGAGCCCGCUCCCGUGAGGAUGCGGCAGGCCGGGCCGACCGGCCGCUCGGCGUCGCCGAGGACGCGCCCCGCGUGGGACUGAGCCCCCCCCUCCCGACCCCCGCCCGCUCGCCGCCACCAUGAACACCAACGUGUGCGUGGAGAGCGGCCCCAACCCCGAGGCGCCGGGGCUGCCCAAGGACAGCCACCUGCCCGAGGGGGCCCUCAACAGCCUUGUGGAUUACAACUCGGAGAUGGAGAGGUACCGCUCCUUCGCCACCUUCUACAAGACCAACGGCGGCGCCUUCCCGCAGGCGGCGAAGAUCGCGCGCAUCACCACCCCCAUCUUCCCCAGCGCCGCCGCCGCCGCCGCCGCCCGCAUCGGCAUGUCCCCCUGGAACUGCGACACCGCCACCGCCGCCGCCGCCACCGCCAUGCUCUGGGGCAGCGGCGGCGGCGGCGGCGGCGCGGCGGGCGGCGGGAGGAAGCCCCCCUCCUCCUCCUCCUCCUCCUCCUCCGCCGCCGUCGCCGCCGCCUCCGCGGCCGCCGCCGCCUCCUCGCUGCACGCCGGCAGGGGCGGCAUGCACCACCGGAGCGACUCGCAGCGCCUGGGCAAGCCCGGCUGCGCGCCGGCCGAGCAGCCCUCGCUGCCCAUGGCCAACGGCAACUUCCUCUCCGGCCUGGCCCCCGAGCACUGCCGGCCGCUGGCGGGCGAGUGCAUGAACAAGCUCAAGUGCGGCGCCGCCGAAGCCGACAUCAUGAACCUCCCCGAGCGCGUCGGCACCUUCUCGGCUAUCCCGGCGCUGGGCGGCCUCUCGCUGCCGCCCGGGGUCAUCGUCAUGACGGCCCUGCACUCCCCCGCCGCGGCCUCGGCCGCCGUCACAGACAGCGCCUUCCAGAUCGCCAACCUGGCGGACUGCCCGCAGAGCCACGCCUCGGCCGCCCCCGCCUCCGCCCUGGGGGCCGGGGCCGGGGCGGGCAACCCCGCCAAGAAGAAGCGGAAACGCUGCGGGGUGUGCGUGCCCUGCAAGCGGCUCAUCAACUGUGGAGUCUGCAGCAGUUGCAGGAACCGCAAAACGGGACACCAGAUCUGCAAAUUUAGGAAAUGUGAAGAGCUUAAGAAAAAACCUGGCACUUCGCUAGAGGUCAGAGGAGAUGAUUUCUUUUUCCCCAGCCUCCCGCCGUCCCUCCUCAACCCCCUGCCCCCGCCCCUGCAGUGCUUCUUGUCUAGCUUCAAGAUGCAGCACCCGUUCUCCGAGGCCUCCUUCAGGCUCUGAGGGUGCCCCCGCCGCCGGCGCGGCCCCUCGCCCGCCGCCCCCGGUCCCUCACCCCGCCGCGCCCGGCCCCGGCCCCGCCGCCCCGCGGCCGCUCCCCUGCGGGUUGCGGGGUCGGAGGCCGCGCCCUGCCCGUCGCCCCGUGUCGUGCGGAGCCGAGCCGAGGUUCUGCUCGCCCGGUGCGCCCGCUGCGUGACCCAGCAGACUGAUGGCCGGCUGGUUUCGCUGUUUUUGUUUGUUUGUUUGUUUUCCUUUUUUCCUUUUUCUUUUCCUGGAGAUCGUGGUCGCUUCGGGGCAGUUUUAGGGCCGGGGUGGUGGGGAGAGGGAGAGCUGGAGCUGAGCGGUGCCCCAGCAAAAGUCUGAGGAAGCAUUGGCUCACCCAUCUAGGGCCGGCCGGUGGCAGAGUUGGUGCUGUGACACGUGCCCAUGUAGUACGUUUGGCAGAGUUUCUCUAUCCUGGCGUGGGGAGCAUGGUGGGGAAAUAGCAGGGGUGUACUGGGCUGUCAGCUGUCUGACCUGCAUCCACACUUGUCUUUACACUGUGCCACUGGAUGUGAUGGAUAUGCCCAGCACUCCUGGCUGUGCCGACAGGGUCCCAUGUUGGCAGAGGUUUUGAUGAACGUGCCAAGCCCGACAGACAAUGGAAGGCAGAACACCUGCUGCAUGGAGCACGACCGGGGCUCAUUGUUGGUAGGCAGGGGAAUGAGGAGAGGGAAGCCCAGUAAUCACACUUAAUCUCUUGUCAUUAUUAAAAUGAUAGCGUUGCUGGCAAGGUGCUUACAUUGGAUGUGUCUGGAGGUGUUGAGGAUGAUGGAUUCAGUGCAGAGGAGCAGUGCACGUGGAGUGACAUUAGGAUCUGUAGUAACAGAAAUGAGCAGCUAAGUGAGACGGUGCUCCUUCCCCUGGUGCUGUGGUGGCUCCAUGCAGGCAGGAAUGAGCCAGCCUAGAGAGUGGGGGAAGGUAGCAAGAGCCUGCUGGUCUGUCCUGCGUUACAUCAACAUGGGUAGCAGUGUUGGUGUUGGCACUGCCAUGGGACACUUGGGUUUGAAGUGACAGGUGGUUGAUGGUGUUAACUCUUCUGUAGCCAGCCUUGCCACUCUCACCAAUGAGAAGGAAUCACUGGUUAGAGGGAAUCACUGGUGUGAGGGACCUACUCUUGCUGGAGUUUGCUCUGUAUCUCUGCAUGCUCUCAGCUGUCGUUGCGCAUGCGUAGUAGCCCAGCAUUGCUAACCCCAUGCCCAGCACAGAUUCCACACACGAGAAACCAAAUAGGCUCAGCAGCUCACGGCUUUCUUGGUAACGCCUUGGCUGAUUUUGUAGAAAGUCUGCAAGGAAGACACAGGGCUCUCUGGUUGGGCUUUGCCAGCCUGAGUGCUGCUGGGCUGAACAUGAUGAAUUACGGCUUCUGAGGGCUCAUCGACCUGUCUGGAAAGUGAGAUGUCUUGGGAAAUGUGCUUGCACGCUCGCAGAUCUUCCAGUGGGCUCACGUGCUUCCCUGGCUGCAUCUCCAGAGCUUCCUCACUCCUGAUGGAGGGGUUUGGCAGCCUUAAAAGCUGCUAAGGAGCGCUACCCGAUAGAAUUGCUUAAUCAGUGUGACUGAAAAAGCAUGGAUUUACUAGCCACACGGCUGCUUUCCUAACCAACUCCCUUCACUUCUCUUCAUUCCCUCUCCCUGCUGGUUUUCCGUCAGCCACACGAACGCAGGUCUCUGGUCCCACCUGUAGAGGUGUCAGCCGAGCAUCACCUCAUGCCACAAAUACGUCACAGAGCGUGGCUUCUUUCCUUGCACAAACAGCGGUAGGAUCAGUAGGCGAGGAAAGUCCCAAACGGAGCAGCCUUCCCUUGAGGUUGUUUCUCAUUUCCCUUUUGUUCUUUUCUUCUCUUCAACCACAUAACGGAGCGUGGCGGUUAUGGCCAGGGUGGGUGGGUGGGUGUCCCGGUGCGUCCUUAAGGUGUGAGUGUUGUGCUCAGCGUGGCUGUGAGUUGUGGAGAUGGCUUGAGGCAGGGGUGGGACUGUGCUUAAAAACAAAAUAAACGGAGAGCGAGAAUAAUAACAAUAAACAGCAAACUGAUUGAUCCCACUGCAAGCAUUUCUCUCGUUUUUCCUUUAAAUUCGUUCUUCUGUGUGACACAACUCUCAAGGUCAGUACACCGAGUGGAAGAGAUUCACACUAAUGUGUUCCAGCCCCCAACCCUUACAUUUUUAAUGGCGUGCUUCCCUCCCAGCAUUUUUUUAAAACACUUGACCUAUUUUUUCCUAUUUUUCUCGUACGGUUUUCACCCGCAAAGUGUCCCAACACUCUCGUAUUUUACAUAGUACGUUAAUAUUACUAGGAGAUUUUAUGUACGGUAAUAAUAAAUCUGUAAAACUCA